AUGGAUGGACGUGAUAAUGAAUUAACGACAUUUGAGCAAGCACUUACAAAUAAUUCAAAGCGAAAGCAGACAAUAUAUGGUGAAGAAAAUAGGAAAGGAGUUCCAAAUCAACAUAGAAUAGAAGAUGUUAUUCGAGAUGUAUCAAAACAGAUUCAAGCUAUGCAUAAUGCCAGUUGUUAUAAAAAUCAAACUUAUCCUCUUAAAACUGAAUUCCCAAGGAAGCCCGAGCUUGUACCGUUAGCUAAGCUGUGUGAUCUGCAAUUACAACAAGGAAACCCUAAUAAAUUUGAAACACAGUGUGUUUCUGACACACAAUUAAUAGAUAUUGUUAAAGUUGCUGAAGAAAAUGAUUCUAAAACAGGAGUAACACAAGAGUUUGAUAGCACAUUUUGUGAAAUGUCACAUAAUUUUCAUGAUGCUAAAAAAAUGAUGAUUGAUGAUUUUAAAGAUUUUACUACUAACAAUAGUAUGACCAUAGAUACUGGUCAACAAAGAAAUAGUUCUAGUGUGGAGUCUAUUUCAAAAAGGAAUGAUGUCAUAAAAGAUAAAACUUAUUGUAUAUCAGAUCAUACUGGCAGAAGUAAUAUGGAAUCAGAUAUGGAAGACAUGGAGUUGUUUGAAGCAUUGGAUGAUUUAGAAAAAAGCCCAAUACUAAGUAAAAUUAAACCCAUCUUUCUGAAAACAAAACCACCAGGGAUAGUUUGUAAGUUAGACUAUUUUGAAAAGUUUGAGGCUUUAGCUGUACCUAUAAUUAAGGAAGAACCUGAUUUUCAAUUAGCAAAAAAACUCAUCAACUCUCAAAUUAUGAGUAAUGAACUUUUAUUUGAAACAGACUCCGGCCCAUGUUUAAAGAAUCAGAAACGGGACCAGAGUCCUGUUAUCUCUUUAAAAACUGACAAAACUAAGAGUACACUAAGAAGAAUUAGUGAAAUAUCAAUAUUUACUCAAAAAAUCUUGGAGGAUGAGAUUCUAUUUAGUAGUGAUGAAGAAAAUUAUUUUUCACCAGUACAUGUUAACACAUUGGCACCGACUUGUGCUCUACAACAUUUAUCCCAGAAUGAGAGAGAUGCAUUUGAUCAAACUAUAUAUGUGGGUUUUCAAACCGCUAGUAAUAAGUCCAUACAGAUAAACUCAGAUUCAUUUAUAAAAGCUAAGAACUUAUUGAUUGAAAAUGACAAUGUAGAGCUAAAUGAACUUGUUAAUGAAAUUGAUAAAAGAUCCAAAAAUUGCAACAAUAUAGUUCAACAUGACACUAAACAAACACGCUCCACAAUCAUCAGAGACAACAUUAAUCGAUCUGAUAUAAAGAAGUGUUCCACACCAUGUAACAAUGCAACUAAUCAAAGUUUACUUAAAAUUAAUGAUGACAGUAUCAUCAAGGAAUUUGAGACUAGUUUGGUAGAAGAGGGUAUUAUGUCACAGGAGUCAGAGAACAUAAACAGUUUUAAAGGUUUUCGAACUGCAAGCUUCAAACCCAUACAUAUUUCUGAGCAAGCUCUUGAAAAAACAAAAGGACUAUUUUUUGAUAUCGAUAAUGAAGAGUAUGAAGGAAGCCCCCAAUACAAAACUGAAGAGCAAAAUUUUGCUUUGAAUGACUCCACAAAUAAAUUAUUAAAUAAUAGUAAUAUGUUAAAUGGGUAUGAUAUAGAUAAAAUAAAAAAUGCCAAGACAUCUGUUAUCGGAUUCUUAACAGCUAGCAACAAAGAUAUUAAAAUUUCUAAGAAAGCUUUGCAAAAAUCUAAAAGUAUAUUUCAGAAUAUUAAUGAUGAAACAUCUGAAAAUGAUUAUGCACCCAUUGAUUUUGAUCAAGUUAUUACAAACUUUAAAACAGAAAAACCAGAUCAGUCUUUAACUUUAAAAAAUGCAUCAUCAGAAAGUGUACAACAAUUGAUACACAAUAAAAGCAUAUCAAAUAAAGUGUAUAAGCCAGGGUUACAAUUUGAAGGAUUUAAGACUGCAAAUAACAAAUCGAUUACUGUAUCAGCUAAGUCUGUAGCUAAAUAUAAAAAUAUAUUUGAAGAUAUUGUUCUUUCUCAGCAACACAACAUAAGUGAAAAGCACAACAGCACAAGUACUAUGCACAAAAGUCCUAAGAGUGUUGCAAAAACUUUAAAUUUCGCUUUUCAAACUGCUUCACAAAAACCAGUAGAGAUAUCAGAAGAAUCUUUAAUGGCAAGUCAAAAAUUGUUAAACAACUCAGAAAAAAAAAAAUCAAAUAUCACAUGUACAGGUUUACAAACAGCUAGUAAUAAACAUAAAUGUAAAAUUAAAGAAAACCAUGAUAACGGAAUAACAACUCACAUUGGAUUUGGCUUAAAUACAAAUGAGUCAUUACCGACAUUAAGAUCUUGUAAAGUUCCACAAGCAACAAAUGCAUUAUUGCCAUCAUGUGUAGUGAAAGACAGAUAUUAUGCUGAUAUGGCAAACGAAUGUAAUGAUAAUGUUAAUGAUAAAACAUUUAUAGGUUUUCAAACUGCCAGUAAUAAAAAGUUAACAAUAUCUAAAGAAGCUUUAAAUAUGUGCAAAAACAUUUUUAGUGAUAUAGACAUUGAAAUCAAUAAUGAUUUCACUAAUGAUCUUAAUGCGAAUAACAAACAGAGUAUUAACAGUGUCGUGGAAGGGUGUAAGGACAAACUCAUGAGUGAUUUAAAAUGUGUGUUUAAAACUGAAAAUCAUAACAUGGUUGAUGUUUUACAAGAGGCAGUUAUAGCUACUAGUCAGAACAAAUUUAAUAAAGAACAAUUUAAAGGGUUUCAUACAGCUAGUAAAAAAAAUGUUCAGAUUUCAAAAGAAGCUUUAGCAAAAACUGCAAAUAUAUUUGAUGGUAUUGAUUUUAACAUGAUUAAAAAAGAAUAUGAUGUAUUGGAACAGAGUGCUAAAAAGUCGUUUUCAUCUAUUUUCAAUGGUGAAACUUUAGAUGGUCAAAAAGACAAUGAAGUGCAAAACCUUUUCAACACCCAAGUCAUAAAUAAUUUUGAAGAUACACUGUAUACAGAAGAUUUUCUUAAGGAUAGAACUCCAUUAAAAUCUAAGAGAUCUGGAAGUCCUUUACUAUCUUGUCCUAAGGCAAAGAAACGAAAAUUUGUAGUUCCGGCGAGCGUAGACGCAUUAACUAAAGAAGUAGAAACGGAGAACAUUCACAAUAACAACAUCAAUGUUUUCACAUUUGACAGAAAAUUUAAGAAACAAAAGCUUUUCAAAUUAUACGAUCUCUUAGCAAUGGAAAAGGAAAGUGACACAGACGCUAAAGCAGACAAUUACAUUUACAAUUUUAAUAUUGAAAAUAUUUUAGAAUUCCAGUUUAGGAAAGAGAGAAAUGAAAUUGAAAAUAAAGAUUGGAAUACAGAUGAUAUCAAACAGAAAUUCCUGGAUUCUGUAAAUAAAAAGUUAGUUCCAACUGGAUGGAUUGAGAACCAUUUAAAGUUAAUAAUUUUUAAGCUGAUCAAUUAUGAGAAGAAGUUCCCAUAUGUCUUGAAUAGAGUUUGCACAGUAAGAAACGUUAUGGAACAAUUAAAGUACAGAUAUGAUCGAGAGUUGUACAAUGUCCAAAGACCGGCAUUUAGAAAGAUCUUGGAAAAAGAUGAUGUGCCAAACAAAACACUUGUUUUAUGUGUAGUUGGAGUGUAUUCCAAUGGUACUUAUAUAGCUAGUGUUCCCAAUCACAUGGACAACUUGGAACUAUUAUUGACAGAUGGAUGGUACUGCAUAAAGGCGUGCAUUGAUCAAGUUAUAGCCAAACACGUAUGUGAUGGUAAAAUAAGUGUUGGCACAAAGUUGAUGACUCAUGGUGCGGAGCUAAUCAAUUGUGAGCAAGGAAUUGCUCCUUGGGAGGACACCUCAUCAGUUCGAUUAAAAAUUUUCGGUAAUUCUUCGCGCCGCGCCCGAUGGGAUGAGCGCCUCGGUUACCAUAGUAACCCGGCCAUCUUGACGCAGCUGUCAUCUGUCAAACCUGAGGGUGGGAAAGUGUCAAGAAUGCGACUGUUUGUGACUCGAGUAUAUCCGACACUUUAUAUUGAGAAAUUUGAUGAUGGCAGCACAGUUACGCGCUCGGAGAGAUUGGAAAAUAUAUAUCAAAUGAAGUACGAGUCGGAAAGACAAUUGCUUUUGGAAAAAGUUUAUGAAGAAGUUGAAAAAGAGUUUCAUGAUAUGGAUACACAAGAUUCAGAAAGUAUUGACAUAGACACAAAACUAGAUACUGGAUCCCAAAUAGCAAAACUUAUGAAAAAGCACAAGGAUCCAGCUGAAUUCAGGUCAAAUUUAACGGAAUCACAAUUGAAAAUGCUACAAGAAUACAACAUUAAGCAUAAGGAAAAACAAAUCGAACGAUUACAGACAAGAGUUCGGGAAAAAAUAAAGAACAGCAGUAUCACUGCUGUGAGAAACAUUGUACCACUGCAAAAGAUUAGGGUUGCUAGUGUAGAAAAAAACUGUAAUAUUACCCACGGAAUACUUUCAAUAUGGCGCCCAAACGAAUCCUUACAAGUGGUUAUUAGUGAAGGCAAAUGGGUUGAUGUUUACAAUGUGGUGCCUACAGCAAUAAGGUAUACAGAAAUUCAAUUAUCUGCAGGCAGGCAAACUAUAUUUCAGAAUUGCGAUGUGAAGAAUUCAAAGAUGAACGCUUUGACAGAUACACUCACGCGCCGGUGUUACCCUAUAAGAAGUUUAGCUACAAAUCCACAACUUAUCACAGAGUAUAAGGAGAUUGAUACUGUUGGUUUUAUCAUAGCGAUUGAACCAACAAAUACAGAAUUUCAAACUUCAAAACAACUCUAUCAAAACGUUUAUAUUGCUGAUGAAAACAAACAUUGUAUGUGUAUUAAUUUUUGGGGUGGUAUAAAAAAAUUUGGCUUUGAAAAUAUCCUUGACACUGGUCAAAUAAUUGCUUGUGUUAAUUUACAAAAACGAUCAGGCAACUUUACAAAAAAUGUUCCUCAGUAUAGAGCGACGGAGUUUACAUAUUUUACGAAAACACCAAAACACAAUAGUUUACAAACCGUACUGGGAGAAUUUAUUCAAGUAUUUUCUGGCUUGGACAAAAUAAAAUUCUUGCAAGACUGUAUCGCAAUCAAGAACAAUUUAACAACAUGUAGAUCUAACAAUACUGAUGUUACCCCAUACAGAAUGAAUAACACGGACUACAAUAUAUCGAAACAUAAAAUGUUUAUCGAUUCACCCGUAGCUAGAGAUGACAAUUUGAACCUUAGUGGGCUAGAUUUUGAGUCCACUUUCAAACAAAGAGAUACGCAAAACAUGUCUCCACAAGAAGUAUUACGUAAGAAAAAAGUUAACGAAAGGAUAGCUAAAUUAAAAGUAUAUGGUGAACCUCCACCUCUGAGUCCAAUUAAUAUAAUUAAUAAAUCCAAAAAUGCAGCUACUGCUUUUAAAAGUCCAUUGACAGAUCAAAAUGGCGUAAAGGAAGGAUCAAAUGUAAAAGGAACUGAUAAUGAACAUUCAUCUCUGCAAUCUAGUCCAGUUUUGCCAUUUAGGCAAUACAGACGCCCUCGCAUUAACCCUAUUAAAUUAAAUUUUAAUAGAUCAAAAGAAAAUGUAAGGGAAACAUCCGAUCCUUUUGCCGAAGAGUUUGAGGGUAGCCCGCCUCUUAGUUUAGAUUAA